AUGAUGAAUGCCGAUGGUACAGGUGCGACAGGACAACUUGAUGAUCAGCUAAUGAUGACCGUUGCUGAUCGGGAAAAUUAUAUAACACGAUUAACAACCCAUUUUAAUGGAAAUCGUGAUAUGGCAAUACGUUUCGAUGAUAUUGCUUAUAAUAGAAGUGGAGGCAAAUCACUACUCUAUCGGCGAAUAAUACAAACAUUGUUUCAACAAAGAAAUCAACAAAUGCAGCAGCAGCAGCAGCAGCAGCAGCAGCAACAACAGCAACAGCAACAACAACAACAACAACAACAACAACAACAACAACAACAACAACAACAAUCGAUGAUGAGUUCACAAGGUCCUCAACAAAUCUAUAUGCAAUCUCAACAAACACAAAUGAAUAUCAUGCAACAGCAGCAACAACCACUGUCACAUCAACCCUCGUACACAAUGCAAGUGCCACAGCCGCCAUCAUCAAUCGUUCAGUCAACGUCGAUGAUGAAUAUUAAACAAGAACCACAACAUUCCCUAAAUAAUAUGCAACAAAGACAAUUACCAACACAAAAUUUUCCAAUCCAACAGCAGCAAAUCAAACAGGAAUUGAUGCCACCACCGAUACAACAGCAACAACAACAGUCUGGAUUACUAGUUCAACAGAUGCGACCACUACAGCAACAACAACAACAACAACAGCCACUGUUGCCUCCACCGCCACAAUAUAUGCAGCAACAGCAACAACAACAACAGCACACACCCGUUUUACCUUCUCAAUCUACACCUAAUGUGCCUCAACAGCGUACUCUUGCUCAGCAUCUUCAACAAGUUCGUCAACAGAAUCAAAUGAAUCAACAACAAGAAUCAUCUAAUGCUUCUCAAAUACAACAGCAACAGCAACAACAGCAACAGCAACAACAACAACAACAAUUAACUAAUUCUUCAGCACUACCGCAAUCAUCAUCAUCAUCAAUAUCAUCUGGCAGUCAAGAUGAAAUUCUUCAACACAUUCUUACCAGUCCUAACCCACCUAAACAACCAACUGCUGUUGGUCAAGUUAGACUACGUGCCAUGAAUCGAAAUAUUCGCAAUCAACAAGUACCAGUGACUCAAGUCACACAACAACAACAGCAACAACAACAACAACAACAACAGCAGCAACAACAACAACAACAACAACAACAACAACAGCAGCAACAACAACAACAACAACAACAACAACAGCUUAUUUCAAUGACACCGGGACCGGAUUCAAUUAUGACUUCUAACAGUGUUAGUGCUAUUCAAUCACCUCAUUCGCAUCCUGGCAUGAUACAACAACAACAAACGCCUGUAGGAGCACCUGGUCAAAGUCCAUUGGCACGUUAUAUGAUGGCUCAAUCACCGCAAAAUAGUGUGUAUCGCCCACAAAUAUCUCCGAUAAAUAUGAUCAAUUACGCUGGUAGUCCAACAACAAUGAUCGAUGAAGAAAUGCAUUUUCUCUAUAAGUUUUUUACUGAACGUAUUCAAUAUUUAGCUCGCAUCAUGGCUCGAUAUCAACAAGAAGGACAAUCUGACAAAGUAGCUAAAUAUCGUCAAUUACAUGAUCAAAUAUCAACUUUUGUUCGAAAUUUAGUUCCCGAACAUAUAAUGGCUGCACGUCGCCUCAAAGAACAUGUUGAUCGUAUUCUUGCAUCUAUAAUGAUGCCACCAAUGAACGAUAUAUCAACUCUAGCCCUAACUAAUACAAGCAGUACUCGUUUAAUAACAAAUGGAAUAUUUGAGCAAUGUCAACGUACAAUUGCUGAUUAUUUAAAUAAAGAUCCAGCAUUAAAAUAUAAUAUUGCAAAACGAUUCCUUGAACCAUUAAGUGAAGUUCUCAAUGGUGUGGCACAUAAAACUAUUCGAUUGGAUACAGAUUCAAAACAAAUCACCGAAAAAAAUCAAUCUUCUAUAAUUAAUUCUUCUUCAACAUUGUUACAAAAUAUAAUCGACAGUGAAUUUGCUAAUCUAUCAAUGGAUACAUUCUCAUAUGAAUUAAAACCUUUGCAUGAUAAAAUCUCGUCGUCAUCAUCAAUCCCUAGAAAUAAAGAUUCAAUUAUUAAUGAUUAUGAAUUAACAUGUCGUAUGAUUGAAAUAAAUAUGCCUAUAGUACCACCAUUAAAAAUGAAAUUAACAAUUCAAUAUCCGAAUGAACCACCUGAAAUCCUCUCUUUAACAUCUACACCAAUGAAUGUUACACCAAUUAAAUUGGAAAACUCAGAUGGUAAUACUUUUUUUGAAUUAAUCUCUCGAAAUUUCGUUCAUUUUUUAUUUAAAUUACCCACUCAACAUACUGUAACUGAUAUUCUAGAUAUAUGGCAUUCAUCCAUUCGUAAUGCUUCCUUUUCUCAAAAUGAAUCAUAA